GGCCGUACCUGUAGGCCGCAAGAGAGCCGGGAGGGCGGCCGGACGGGCAGGAGAGGGACCGGGGCCGGGGCUCGGCACUUGGUGCUGGGUGCCCAUCGCUGGGAGCGGAGCCCCGCGCUGAGAAUCAUAGGAGAGUGGGAAAGGACACAUGAGGAUCGAGUCCCAGCGGAAACAUGAAGAAAUUAAAGCUCAAAGAACUGGAAAGCUGCCUGCAGCAGGUCGAUACUUUUGAAAGUCCAAAAGUGCUCCUUGAGCAGUACCCGACAAGACCCCACAUCGCAGCGUGUAUGCUGUACACAAUUCACAAUACUUUUGAUGAUAUUGAAAACAAAACAGUUGCAGAUUUAGGAUGUGGCUGUGGCAUGCUCAGCAUUGGAAGUGCAAUGUUGGGAGCAGGAUUGUGUGUGGGGUUUGACAUAGAUGCAGAAGCAUUGGAAAUAUUCAACAGCAACCUUGAAGACUUUGAGCUCACAAACGUUGAUGUGGUUCAGUGUGAUGUCUCCUCUUUACCAGACAGCAUGUCAGAGACUUUUGACACGGUUAUCAUGAAUCCUCCUUUUGGUACCAAACAUAAUAAAGGAAUGGAUAUGAUCUUUCUGAAAACCGCUUUACAAAUGGCAAAAACAGCUGUCUAUUCCCUUCACAAGACUUCAACACGGCAGCAUGUUCAAAAGAAAGCAGAUGAAUGGGAAGUGAAGAUGGAAGUCAUAGCAGAACUUAGAUAUGACCUACCAGCAUCAUACAAGUUCCAUAAGAAGAAAUCAGUAAGUAUAAAACCUAACCCAACUGAGAAUAAAGUAUCUUGUAUUAGGGCAACUGAAUUCCACUGAAAGAACCUAAGUUUUAUGGUCACAUCUACUGGAUGAUUCAUAGCAUUUGAGAAAAGUUUCUUAUGAUAGCAGUAAGUUCCAUUGCAGUUAAUACUUAGUGGUUGAACAGAGGGAUCAGUAAUGAGCAGUUUUCAGUUCUGAAUUUAUUGGUAGCUACUAUGUAAUAUCACUUUGAGAUUAUGAAGUCUGUGGCACCUUUUACAUUUGAAUGGGAUGCCAGAGAAUUUGAGAGCACUGACA